AGCCCUGCCCUUGAGUUUGCCAGCAGGAGCUGAGCUGCUUUCUUUAUUGAGGUUGAGCCGGGAGCCUCGUGCAGACACGGAAACAUCGUCUACUGCUGGACCUGGCCUAUUGCUUACAGCCAAGAUGCCCAAAACAGUCAAUGUUCGAGUCACCACAGUCGAUGCUGAGCUGGAGUUUUCCUUCCAGCAGAACACCACAGGCAAACAGCUCUUUGACCAGGUUGCCAGGACGAUCGGACUGCGUGAAGUUUGGUACUUUGGGCUGCAGUUUGUAGAUGCCAAAGGAUCCAUAACAUGGUUGAAUUUUGACAAAAAGGUGAUGGUCCAGGAUUUGAAGAGGGAGAGUCCCUUACAGUUCAAACUGAGAGUCAGAUAUUACCCCGAGGAUGUGGCUGAGGAGCUGAUCCAGGACAUCACGCGGAAGCUCUUCUUCUUGCAGGUGAAGGAGGACAUUCUGUCUGAUGCUGUCUACUGCCCGCCAGAGUGUGCUGUGCUGCUGGCCUCAUAUGUUGUCCAGGCCAAGUUUGGGGACUACAACAAGUCAUUGCAUGUCUCUGGUUACCUGACGUCUGAGCAUCUGCUGCCCAAGAGAGUGCUGGAACAGCACAAACUGUCCAAGGACCAGUGGGAAGAAAGAAUCCAGAUUUGGCACGAGGAACACAGAUUAAUGACAAAGGAAGAGGCCAUGAUCGAGUACUUGAAAAUUGCCCAGGACUUAGAGAUGUACGGCAUUAACUAUUUUGAGAUCAAGAACAAGAAAGGCACAGAGCUGUGGUUAGGAGUGGAUGCACAGGGACUCAACAUCUAUGGAAAAGACGAUAAGCUGUCUCCUAAGAUUGGAUUUCCCUGGAGUGAAAUUAAAAACAUUUCUUUCAACGAUAAAAGAUUUGUCAUCAAGCCACUUGACAAGGGUUCUAAAGAUGUCAUAUUCUAUGCCCCACGGCUACGAGUCAACAAGCAGAUCUUGACUCUGUGCAUGGGCAACCAUGACCUCUAUAUACGCCGGCGCAAACCCGACAGCAUUGAGGUUCAGCAGAUGAAGGCUCAGACCAAAGAGGAGAGGAUGCUUAAAAAGAUGGAGAGGGAUCAGCUGCAGAGUGAGAUGAAGAAGAGGGAGGCCAUGGAGAAGGAGAAGGAAGAGAUGGAGAGAGAAAAGCAGAAGCUGAUGGCACAGCUCUACGAUUAUGAAGAAACCACCAAGAGGGCAGAGAGAGAGCUUCAGGAGCAGCUCGAAAGGGCCAUGAGGCUGGAUGAGGAGAGGCGGAGGGUGGAGCAGGAGGCCGCCCGGCUGGAAGCUGAGAGGAUGGAGGCCAUAAUAGCCAAGGAGGAGCUGGCCCGGCAAGCUGAGGACCAAAUAAAGAGCCAGGAGCAGCUGGCUGCAGAACUGGCUGAAUACAGCGCCAGGCUGGUUUUGCUGGAAGAGGCCAAGAGAAUGAAAGAGGAAGAAGCCGAGACGUGGCACAGCAAAGCCAUCAAAGCAGAGGAGAGCCUAAUAAAGACGAAGGAGGAGCUUCACCAUGUGAUGGCCUCCCCUAGUUCGCCUCCUGCUGCUCCUGCUUCUUCCUCCUCCUCCUCCUCAGACAGUGAGAGCGACCACGAGCACAGUGAAGAAAACAGCACCUACAGCGCUGAGCUGCAGUCACAGGGCCUCAACCACCAGCAGGAGGAGGAAGAACGACUCACAGAGGCUGAGAAGAACAAGCGCCUGCAGAAAAAACUGAAGGACCUGAGCUCAGAGCUGGCAGAGUCCAGAGAUGACAGCAAGAAGACCCUCUUGGAUUUGCUCCACGCUGACAACGUCCGAGCCGGCCGCGACAAGUACAAGACGCUGCGUCAGAUCCGUCAGGGCAACACUAAGCAGAGAAUUGAUGAGUUUGAGGCCUUGUAGAAACCUCCGAGACGCAGCAAUCCAUUCAAAGUACU